GAAGUAGAAGGCACCAAAUAACGCACCAACACAAUCACUCACCCUCUACCACUGAUUCACCUUUUUCCUCGACGCGCAUAAUAUCUCUAUCUUUUUUCUCUCUCUUUUUUCUCUUUCUCGUUCUCUCACAUAAUAUAUGUGAAGACAAGACCAAAACCGUGGAUCUGUCUCCACAACCCACCAUUUCCAUCUCUUCCUCUUUACAUCUGUUUCCGCCAUUCUCGGUUUCUGGCUCUGUACCCUUUCACCCUCUCUUCAAUUCCCUCAACUCCAUUCCAUUCCAUUCCAUUGAGACUCUGAUUCUGCACUGCGGAACUGAAACCUAGGCAUGCGUAUGCUUCACCGAUUCAUAGAUCUGCCUCAAACCCAUUUCCCCAAUAGCUGAAAUUUCAAACCUUUUUUUAUCUGAUCAGACCCAAUUCCCAUCUCUCUCCAAAAACCCCCCAAUUUCUCUCUCUCUCUCUCUCUCUAGAAUGUCCUCUCUGCGCGCAGAUCUACCCUCCCGGAUCUACCCGGAACCGGAUGGGUCUGAAAUCGACCACUUCGAUCGGCUCUCAGACCAUCUCCUCCGCCUUGUGUUCAACAAGAUCGGCGACGUGAAAACCCUAGGUCGAUGCUGCGUCGUUUCGCGGCGCUUCCACUCCCUGGUGCCUCAGGUCGAUAACGUCGUCGUUCGCGUCGAUUGUGUCAUCUCCGACGAUGAUUCAUCUUCCUCGACGGCAUCCUCGGACAAAUCGCGCGGCCCCAUCUGGAACCUUCUACGGUUAGUGUUUAGCGGCAUCGUGAAGCCCAUUCAAACCCUAGGCCAGUUCUUGGGUCCGAAGAAAGCUUCUUCGUCUCUGGCCGUUGGGAGCGAAGAAGAUGGAGAAGGUGGCGUGACCCACCACUCCCCAACGCAGGUUUUGAAGAAUUUCAACGAGAUUCGGUUGCUUCGGAUCGAGCUUCCAAGCGGGGAAUUAGGUAUAGAAGAUGGGGUUUUGUUGAAAUGGAGAGCUGAUUUUGGAUCAACUUUGGACAAUUGUGUAAUCCUAGGUGCUUCCUCUGUGGUUCAACCUAAAUCUCAAGAUGGGGUUGAUGGCAUUGGUAGUGGCAACAACAAUGGUGAUGACAAUGGAAGCAUACCUGACUCGUUUUACACCAACGGGGGUUUGAAACUCAGAGUCGUUUGGACCAUUAGCUCUUUGAUUGCUGCUUCUGCAAGGCAUUACUUGCUGCAACCCAUAAUUUCUGAGCAUAAGACUUUGGAUAAUUUGGUGUUGACUGAUGCUGAUGGUCAAGGGGUGCUUUAUAUGAAUAGGGAGCAGCUUGAGGAGUUGAGGGUGAAGCCACUUUCUGCUUCUUCGGCUUCAAAGAGGACUCUUGUUCCUGCCCUCAAUAUGAGGCUUUGGUAUGCACCCCAAUUGGAGUUGCCUGAUGGUGUUGUUUUGAAGGGUGCUACUCUUGUUGCAAUUAGGCCCAGUGAGCAAUCACCAACUACUGCAAAGAAGGAGGCCUCUGAUGUGUCUUGGGUUUCAACAGCAUUUGAGGAGCCUUAUAGGACAGCUGCCAGCAUGCUUGUCAAGAGGAGGACUUAUUGCCUUGAGAUGAACUCCUUCUGAUGCUUUAGUUGUUGGAUCUAAGGGAAUGCAGAAUCAUUUGAAAAAUGGGUGAACGUUAAUUUCCUCAUAGCAGGAAUCAGAAAACACAAAUUUUCUUUGGGCGUACGCUAAGUGGAAGCAGCUCGGCCACCUCCUAAAUAUGGUCUUUGCCGCGUCUGAAACUGAUAUAUGAGUAGUUAUUAAAGGAGCUGCAAAUCUUGCUUGAACUGAAAACUGAAUGCAUCUGCUGGUUCUUUUUAUAUGAGGCAAUGCUUGUAGGAGUGCACACCCUGCAACUAGGAUGAUCUUGUAAGAGCUUUGAGUUUGUAGUCAUCUGCCCUUUCCAGUUCUUCCUCUGUGAAUAUUUUAGGUAUCAGUCUGGUUUGCCUUUGUGAUAUAUUUUUCUCAAGUUAAAUGAGCAACGUACUUUUUGCUUCUGUAAUUUUAAAUAACUUCUGGAUGAGUCAAUCAUACCAAUGCAAUACUUUUCCUGAACUUACUUUUUUGUCAUUUGAACUGCA